AUGCCUCCCCGCCGCCGCAAGCAAGCGGCAGAGCCAGACGUCGAACCCGAACCCGACCGGCAGACGCCUUCGUCCCUUGAGGACCGCGAACCCCCGCCGCCAUUCUUCAACACCACCUUCUCUACACAUCGCGCCUCGCCCCUCUACGUUGGCGCAAAUGCUCUUAACUACCCCCGACUGCAGACAAUUUCCCAGCGACUGCGCGACACCCUCGUUGGAGAUGUGGUCAGAGGAGUACAAGUCGGUCUCGAAGGAAACGACAGCUCCCUGGGGCGCGCUGGUCCGCUUGAGAAGGUCGGUAUCCGCUGGGUCGGUGUCGAUGCGCUCCUUGGCGGCGCCGAAGAUGUCGACGCAGACCUGAGUCGAGACCUGAACCGAGAUUUUGGCAGCGAUUCCGUCGAGGGAGGAAGCCAAGGCAAGAAGAGGGUCUUGGUGUUUGAAAUGCGAUACGAGAAUGCGCUAUGCACAGCUGUGCUACUGCCCUUGUUGACGAACACGACUCCAGACCCGCCGAACGGAUUGCAGUCCAACGAUAAGAUCGAGAUACCCGGGUUGCUCAACGGCACUACGUCUACGGAUGACCGACACUUUCUGCAUCUCCCGCUGCUGCUCCUGCGCAUGCCCGCGCCUCUGAAGACAAUCAUCACCGACUUCCUGGCCGGCACCUUUGACUGUCGCAUCAGCCCGAUGAGUCUGGGCACAAAGAGCCUUACUGGGGCCUGGGAGAGGUGGAUCCAGGACGCAGGUCUUCCGUCGAAAGGGCCCCUUGCCAAAGACAUGGUUCUGACGCUGGGCUUUUACAUUCCCCCUCCCGAGUCCGCCGAAGGUGAGGACAAGCAGGACCCGGAACCCCUUGGCCUCAAGGCUAUCGACAUCAUCAUCCCAUCAGACGAGCUUGAACGGUUCACCAAAGAAGGAAGGGCUCUUGGCAAGGCAGCGGGUAGCAAGCGAAAGGCGUCCGCGCAAGGCUACGAAGACGAUGAAAGGAAGCGGAAGAGGCUCGCAGGCGGCAAAUCUGACGAGGGCUGGGCUUGGAGAGAGGAGGGCAAGAAAGAGCAACAGCAGCCCUUUAUCGAAGCAAUCGGCGCUUAUUUGGACAAACACCUGGCAUUGAAUCUCUUCCACCCUGGUGUGAGAGUCACCAAGAUUGCCUGCGGUGGGUUCGUGUUGUCUGAGGGGCGAGUCAAGGUGUUUAUGCCUCCCGGCGAUGAUGACGAAGUAUUUGAGCCUGUGAAGCAUCUGGUUGGAGACCUCAUCGCCAGCGCUACCGGUUGA